UGAAAGAAGCAUGUCAGUUUUAUUCAUAUCCACGCGCUCCAGUUGUGUCUUUGACAUUACCCACCCGCCUUUAUUUAAUUCAGGUUCGAAAUUAAAGAAGAAAAUUUCCGGUUUCAGGAGAAAAGAUGUAAAGUAAAUCUCAGCCUACAAUAAAAGUAUCCACACACAAAAAAAGACAAAACAAAAACUGUUGAGUUCUUCUAUCGCGUUUGAAAGUUACGAUUCCGAACCUGACUAAUGCUGUGACUGUGAGUCUGUAUAAAAAAAAUAAAGUUGCCCUCCCAAUAUUUUUGGAACUUGCCGCCCCUGAUCUCUGAUGGUAAAGAACAAAACGUACUUUCAUAUUUGUUUCCUAAAUUCCAAAAAAAAACGGAUCCACCCCAGUGAUCUUCCAGUUAGUACCGUCGCCAUAUCAAUUCCAACUGACCGAACACAGACUGAAUCUUCAGUACAGUCUCAUCUUCGCCGGCAGCCAGUUCAGUUAUCAGUCCAAUUUAUCAACGCACAGAUGGAAGUUCGUGUGAGACGUUUAUUGUUGCUGCUGGUGAUAUGCUCUCAACUGACGAUCGGUAAUUUGGUGAAGCAUAAUCGUUUGAUGAAACAGGAACGAAUCAAAAAUUAUGAACCUACAUGGGCCAGUUUGGAUUCGAGACCGCUGCCGAAGUGGUAUGACGAUGCAAAAAUCGGAAUUUUCAUUCACUGGGGAGUCUACGCCGUUCCCAGCUACGGUUCCGAGUGGUUCUGGAUCAAUUGGAAAGGUUACAAGUACGAGGCCUACGUGAACUACAUGGCAAACAAUUACAAACCGGAUUUUACCUAUCAGGAUUUUGCGAGUGACUUCACUGCGGAAUUGUUCAACGCCACCGAAUGGGCAGAGCUGUUUGCCCAGUCCGGGGCCCGGUACGUAGUUCUGACGAGCAAACAUCACGAGGGAUACACUUUGUGGCCAUCGAAGUACACCUACAGUUGGAAUUCGGUUGACGUCGGUCCACAUCGGGACAUAAUCGGUGAGCUUUCGAGUGCCAUCCGAAAGAACUCGAAUCUGACCUUCGGAGUUUACUAUUCGCUGUUCGAAUGGUUCAAUCGGCUUUAUCACGACGAUAAGCUGCACGCUUUUCUCAAGCAUGACUACGUCGACAGCAAAGUUUGGCCGGAGCUGAAAGAGUUGAUCAACACGUACAAACCGGAAGUACUGUGGAGUGAUGGCGAUUGGGAGGCACCGGACGGUUACUGGAAAGCGAAGGAAUUCUUCACCUGGCUGUACAAUGAAUCCCCCGUCAAGGACACCGUGGUGACCAACGAUCGCUGGGGAAUCGGAACGCUGUGUUUACACGGAGAUUUCUACACUUGCUCCGAUCGUUACAAUCCAGGAGUUCUCCAGCCGCACAAAUGGGAAAACGCAAUGACAAUCGAUAAGAUGAGCUGGGGGCACCGGCAGAAUGCAAAACUGGAAGAUUUUAUGAGCUCUUCGGAGCUGAUUGCCGAGAUUGCCAGUACAGUAAGCUGCGGGGGUAACAUUCUUAUCAAUGUGGGUCCCACCAAGUACGGGACAAUUGAUCCGAUAUUUGCCGAACGUCUGACUGAUAUGGGCCGAUGGCUCAAAACCAAUGGGGAAGCAAUCUACAAGUCCAAACCUUGGUCCUACCAGAAUGACACCUUGACCGCCGAUGUUUGGUACACUACCAGGGGUCCAUCAGCUCGGCGAAGUGAUGUUGGUUUUACUACGGUUUACGCGAUGGUACUAAACUAUCCCUUUAAAACCAAUAACGUUCAGUUGGGAGCAUUCGGUGAAAUGUACAGAAAUGUGGUUACGAUUUCUAUGCUGGGCUUCAACACAAGCUUAAAGUGGAAACCAACAGAAAAGGCCAUUCAAGUGGAAUUUCCGCCCAAAAAUGAGAUCGACAGAUUGCAAUUGAAACUCGCCUGGACGUUGAAAAUAGUGCUGUCUUCAAACAAAGAGUAGACUAUGUGUGACUAUCAUCUAAAAUAUCAAUUUUGUUUAAUUGAACCAUAGUUUUCAAUAACUUAGAGAAGACCGGGGCUAAGCCGGACACCUUAAAUAUCUUAUAAACCGCAAUUAUUUCAAUCCAUGGAUUGACUUUGUAUACAUACUUUUUCAACUACAGUUAGCGGGAUGACUCUGAGUCGAUUCAGUUUGGUACUAAUCGCGUUUAUAUCAAAACGAGACCGGUUUUUACUGAAACUUUUUGUCGUGAACACGUCUUACUUUAAAAUGAAUGAAUUUUGCGCAAACUCGAACAAAUGUUGGCUGCACAUAAAAACUUCGUGACGAAAAAAAAAAACACUUCGCAUACUUUGUUUUCCCAAAAAUGAUCUAGACUGUCUUCUGAAAAGGGUCUCUAAUGUUUUCACAAAUUUUUUCAAAUGGCUGUAGUCGAAAACUGACAAAUUCUACAAAAAAGUGUUGUAAAUAUGAUUUUUACAAAAUUAAUCAAGCUUUUGAAUAAAUACAAUAAUAAUGUUUAAUACUUGGAAUAAUCCAGCGCAGCUGCACCCAUUGUAGAAGUCAUGGCCUGCUAUGUACCGAUUAUUUUGUACCUACACAGUUUGGUUUUCAGAAUUUAGUUUCAGGAUACAGGUUCGAAAGGCAAACUAAGACUCUGGAAUUGAAUCCAAAUUCUAUAUUUUGGAACUGAACCUAGUGCCGUGGUUUGAGUUCGGGAUUGGUGUCUAAAAUUCUGACUCAGGAGUUCAACUUCAGAAUUAUGCCACAAAAUUCAAGAUAUGAUUUCUAGAUCUGCAUUUUGAACCAAAAUUUUAGAUAUGAGCUCCAAACCAGAAUUUUGGAACUGACUCCUGAACCAUAAUUUAAUUCCGAAAUUCGGUUUCAGAAUUUACUUUCAGUUCAGUUUCAGAAUUCGUAUACAAAAUACAUAUCUAGAAUUUAGAUUCGGAAUUUAGAAAUGAAGAGAGGGAAAUGAAUUGAUUAAAUACUGAACUUGGGUUCUGGAACUAGACUUUGGAACUGAGUUCAGUUUAUUAAUUCAGGUUCGGAAUUCAAGUUCAGAAUUCAGUUCUAGAAUUGAAUUCGAAACCUGGAUUCUGAGAAUAAGUUCAGCUUCACAGUUCUAGAAUUGAAUUCUUGAUCUGGAUUCCCAAACUCAAUUUGGAGCCAGUCCCAGGUUCUAAAUAUAAAUCCAAAGUUAUUGCGGCCGAGCGGAUUUCGCACGGUUUUUAGAAAACAUUUUAUCACAUUUGUGAAGCAUUUGUUCAAAAAAAAAGUUUUUUCUAACUUUUUGAGCUUGAGUUUUGUGAAACCCCAAAAAAUUAAAAAGGGGCGAACGUUUCAGCAAUUAGUCGAGCUGGCCGAAUUGGUGAAUUUUCACCAUGAUAACAGUUCGGCUGAAAAGUUCGUAUCGUUUUAUAGAAACACACAUUUUUUUGCCAAAAUUCGUUUUUAUUAUUCAACAUAAUUGCCAUCAGAGGCGAUACAGCGAUUAUAGCGAUCUUCCAACUUUUCGAUACCAUUUUUGUAGUACGAUUUGUCCUUUGCCUCAAAAUAGGCCUCAGUUUCAGCGAUUACCUCUUCAUUGCUUCUAAAUUUUUUACCAGCGAGCAUUCUCUUGAGGUCUGAGAACAGAAAAAAGUCACUGGGGGCCAAAUCUGGAGAAUACGGUGGAUGAGGGAGCAAUUCGAAGCCCAAUUCGUUCAAUUUCAGCAUAGUUUUCAUCGACUUGUGACAUUGUGAUUGUGAGCUCACGCGGCACCCAUUUUGCACAAAGCUUUCUCAUAUCCAAAUAUUCGUGAAUAAUAUGUCCAACAUGUUCCUUUGAUAUUUUUAGGGUGUCAGCUAUCUCGAUCAACUUCACUUUACGGUCAUUGAAAACCAUUUUGUGAAUUUUUUCACGUUUUCAUCGGUAAAAGCCUCUUUUGGACGUCGACUUCGUUCAUCGUCUUCGGUGCUCAUAUGACCAGUACGAAAUUUUGCAAACCACUUACGAAUUGUUGCUUCGUCCGGUGCAGAGUCUGGAUAACACUCAUCAAGCCAUUUUUUGGUAUCGACGGCACUUUUUUUCAUCAAAAAGUAGUGUUUCAUCAACACACGAAAUUCCUUUUUUUCCAUUUUUUUCACAAUAACAAAAGUAGCUUCACUCAAAAUGCAAUAUCUCACAAACUAAUAAUCAGACAGCUGUCAAAUUUAUACACGUAUCUUUUGAAGGUUGGUACUAACUGAAAAUGGUAUGGAUUUAAUUCUAGUGGCGCCCUCUCAUAGAAACGAUACGAACUUUUCAGCCGAUCUGUUAAAACCAACAUUUUAUGUUCCUAAAUUAAGGGUUACAAAUCAUAUGAAUUAUUUCGUGGAAAUUAUGAAUGUUAAAAACCAUUAUAAGGGUUAGACUCUUGCGUUACGAAGCGUUACAUGCGUUGCUUUUUAGUAAGUUAUAGGCGUUACGGAGCGUUACAAAGAGUUACUUUUUUGAAAGCUAUAGACUUUACGAAGCGUUACAUGCGUUUUGUUUUGUAAGUUAUAGGCGUUACAUUCGUUACUUUUUAGUAAGUUAUGGGCGUUACGGAGCGUUACAAAGCGUUACUUUAUUAUAAAGUUAUAGGCGAAGCGUUACAUGCGUUACAUUUUUGUAUGUUAAUGGCAUUACGAAGCGAUACAUGCGUUACUUUCUAGUAAGUUAUAGACGCUGCGGAGCGUUACAAAGGGUUACUUUUUUUAAUGCUAUAGGCGUUACGAAGCGUUAUACGCGUUACUUUUUUUAAGCUAUAAACAUUAUGAAUCGUUACUUUUUUGAAAGUUGAAGACGUUCCGAAGCGUUAUUUUCUAGUAAGUUAAAGGCGUUACGGAGCGUUACUAAGCGUUACUUUAUUAUAAAAGUUAUAGGCAUUAUGAAGCGUUACAUACGUUACUUUUUUGUGAGUUAUAGGCGCUACGAAGCGUUACAUGCGUUACUUUUUGCAAGUUAUAGGCGUUACGAAGCAUUACAUGCGUUUUUUUGUUGUAAGUGAUAGGUUUUACGAAGUGUUACACGCGUUACUUUUUUGUGAAUUAUAAGCGUUAUAUGCGUUGCUUUUUUGUAAGUUCUAAGCGUUACAUGCGCUAUUUUUUGUAAAUUAUACGUGUAACGAAGCGUUACAUUUGUUUAUUUUCUGUAAGUUAUGACGUUACGAAGCAUUACAUGCGUUAUUUUUUCGUGAAUCAUAGGUGUUACGAAGCGUUACAUGCGUUACUUUUUUGUAAGUUGUAGACGUUAUGAAGCGUUUUCAUGCCUUACUGUUUGUUGGUCAUAGGCGUUACGAAGCGUUACAUGCGUUAUGUUUUCAUAUGUUACAGGUGUUACUAAGCGUUACAUGCGUUACUUUGUUGUAGGUUAUAGGCGUUACAAAGCGUUACAUGCGUUAUUUUUAGUAAGUUAUAGGAGUUACAAAGCGUUACAUACGUUACUUUUUUGUUAGUUUUAUGAGUCCAGAUCAGAUGUAAUUUUAAAAAAGAAAUUUUUUGAAUAAAAUCAGUUUUGGGAAAAGUUUUUAGAUUUCCGAAAUCGAAAAUUUCAUGAAACGUUGAGGUAUGGUGUAAUCUCGAAAAAAGUUUUGGAAAAGUAAAUGAUUCGGACCGAGAAUUUGAAAUCGCGUAACAUCGAAAAUCCGCGUAGAAAAAAAACCGCAAAGCUAAAGAAAUGUCAUUUUUUUUAAGCCAAAUGUCUAAGAAAUUCAUAAAACGUUAAAAUGUCUCAAUGUUUUUUGGAAGAAACGACUUUGGGAAUUUGAAAGCUUCGGAAUUUCGCGUAGAAAAAAAUCGAAAAAUUGAAGAAAUUGUUUUUGAUGCCGAAUGUCUUAGAAAUGCAUGAAACGUCCAGAU